GGAAAUUUAUUUCUCUGUUCGAUUAGGUGUCUACAGUCCAUUGUUUGAUUGUUCUACCCGUCCCCACUCUCCCUACCCUCCUCGUAUUAUGUGACCACCGGGACCUCUCAAGUACCGCAUCAGUACACAUUGAUGUCGAUGGAACAGGAUACCGGGGCACUGCCACGGCGCAGUGCCAGGCUCGCAGUUCGUGCUCGACCUACGGUACCUCCACGAACCAAGGCUCAGCAACAGAGACUCAACAGGCGGACGACUCCAGCGGCAUCGAGUACAACAUUGACGGUACCGGACACCACCGGAGUUCUUCCCGCAUGCCCAGUCGGAAGGGCCCGUGAGCCGUUGGCUGACUAUUUUGGGCGGCUACAGGUAUUUACAGAUGCCGUAGCUGCCGCCAAGGCUCAGCAGGAGGCAGCAGAGGCAGAACGUCAGCGGCUGGCCAAUGAGGCGGCAGCCCAAGCUCAGCAGACUGCUGAGGCUGACGCAGCGGCACGAGACCAACGGAAUGCCGCCAGUACGGAGUCCCUGAUUCAUAGUGAAAGUCAGUGRACARYGUUCCUCCAAGGCAUGAUCUUUGUGCCUUCGGACGCGCARGCAGAUCCGACACCGGCGGAUGCAGAGAGGACUCACCUGGCUAACUUGAUGCUGGGCAUGAUGAGAGGCAUCAUGUGGAAUAACACACUGGUGCAGGCACAUCUGCGCACGGAACGACAGCAGCGACAAAAGCUAACGCCUCAGCAGCGCCAGGCUGCACAACAGACGCCAGGCUGCACAACAGACGCGACGAAGCAACUCAAUGAGCGCAUCGAUCACGUCGUCACCAUCAUUGGCGACAUAGGUGUUUUCAAUGGACCGGACACGAUCAGUAGCACGGUGGCCGCCAUCAAGACGGACAUCACCAAGCUGCAGACGAGACCGGACGCCGCUACAAAGACUUACAAGAUGCCGCACUUCGACAUCAGCAAGUUCGACGACUACAACAAGUCGGACGCCUUGACAUGGUGGCAACGUUUCCUCACGGAAGCAUCAUGCCGCACUGUCCCGGCAGACGACAUGAUGAAGGCACUCUACUUGCAACUAAUUGGAGGAGCGCAGGCUUGGAUGAACCAUCUGGCGGCUACCAACAAAUGCACCAUCGCCGAACUCCACACGCACAUCACGUGGAAAGAGUUCGAGAAGCUAUGGUUCACCCGGUUCAUGGUCGGCAACGUCGUGAAGGCGGCCAUGAACGAGGUAUACACCUGCUCUCAAGGGAAUAUGCCAACUCGAGAUUGGACAACCAAGUGGCAGAAGAUAGUGACCACACCGGGAUUCGAUUUGAGUUUUCCAAAUCAACGAUCCGAGUUCUUCUCGCGAUCGUGCGCGGGACUGCGGUCGGCACUCGGCAACGAGUACGACUAUGMCWCGUUCCAGGCUAUUCUGGAUCGUGCGAACUUAGUCAUCCAAACGGAUGACAAGGCCGCAAACGAACGGCAGUCCCAACCGCAUUAUGUGGCUAAGCAGGGCUAUCAACGUCCGGCACAUAACAAUGCUGUGAUUUAUGAAGAAACAGACGAUCUCCACGCUGCAGCAGCAUCCUCGAGUGAUGGAGGAAUUGUAGCAGCGCUCCUGCCGAAGCGUCCCAAGAGAGUUCGGAAGAACAAGGCGACACAAGAGACAGCAUCGACAGGAACUGGGCAGCAGCCAUGGAUUGCUUACAAGAUAACCAAGGAUGUCUAUGACCUUCGUCAAAAGUACGGAUACUGCCUCUGGUGCAACGGCGUCACUCAUGUGACCGCACAACGUACCCCGUCCAACAAACUCGGGAAACUGAGUCACGCAAGGAGAGGGGCGACGUCUCUCCUCACUCCGCCGGACCCGGUUGCCUUGCUAGCAAUCGAUGUCACUACCGGGGACCAUGCGUUAGUCGCUGAUUCUCGUGCCACGUACGAGGAUUAUGCCGCCCAGCUGGUACCACCAUUAGACCAGCCAAGCCACGUGCACUUAGCUAGCAUAUGCGCAGCCUGUACACCGUCGGCAAGUGAUCCAAUCCUAUCUCGGUGACUUUCGGUGCUGUCUACCUCCCCCCACCUCUUCGUCUCUCCUCCCCCAUUCAUCUGUGUAUGUGUGUACGGGGCUGAGCAUCUUCUAUGUAUGGCUCAGACCCCACCACCUCACGAUUGUAUGUGUGUGGAGUGAUGCUAUGUGAGUCGGUCUAUGCGAGUCGGUCUAUGUGAGUCAGUCCGUUCAUCAAACUUCCGUUGCAUAUAUGCUCAUCCUACAUUGGUUGAUCCUUGGUUCUGCCCAUACUCAUUGGAGUAUGUAACACUCCCUCUGCGGGAUGUAUCGUCAAAAUGAGAAUGAAUCUUCCGCGUUACU